AUGGCUGCCUCUAUUGCCCCCGAAUGCAACGAUAUCAAGGAAAAAUACGAUACAUGUUUCCUCAAAUGGUAUAGUGAAAAAUACCUCCGUGGCAACACCACCUCUAAUGACUGCGAGGAGUUGUUCACCAAGUAUAAGACCUGCUUGAAAAAAACCCUUCAAGACAGAGGCAUUCAUACGAUGCUAGAGGAUGCCCGAAAGAGCAGCAGCGAAACAGAUGCCGAGUUUCUGAAAAAAUCUUGA